CCAGUUGCUGGCUUGCAUUCCGUUCGUUCCUUGCCGUCUGACCAGCCAGAAACAUGCUUUGUCGAUUACUUCUAUAUGUUGGCCUGCUUGCAGGCGGGGCUCUGGCAGCAUGGGAGGACAACACGAAGAUGGCGAAUAGGACUAUUGAGAGGACUGUGAACCUGCGCACCCACUCCAUCUACCCUCCAUAUAUUGACCAAGACUUGCAAAAUCGAUGGUGGGACUUCGGCGCAGAUGCCAUCGUCAACACUAACAAGCACAUACGCCUCACGCGUAACCGCCCUUCAGAAAUGGGCUGGUUGUGGACGCGACUGCCUCUGACCACCUCCAACUUCGUCAUCGAAGUCGAAUUCAAAGUAUCCGGGGAAUCGAAUCAUCUCUUUGGUGACGGUAUGGCCGUGUGGCUAACAAAAGACCGCGCACAGCCAGGUCCCGUCUUCGGGAGUAUCGACAAGUUUGAGGGCCUUGGGAUCUUCCUGGAUACGUACGCUAAUGCUCGCCAUUCAUAUUCAUUCCCUCGCAUCGUCGCGAUGCUUGGAGAUGGGAAGACCGAAUAUGACCACGACAAUGACGGCGAAUCGACUAAUAUCGGCGCCUGCUCUGCUAGUUAUCGCUUGACGAACAUCGUUCCGAGGCUCAGGAUCACCUACUUCAAGGAGGAGGGGUAUCUUGAUGUUAAGAGUCAAUACAGAGCUUGGGGCGAAUGGACGGAUUGCUUCUCACUAACGGGUGUCCGCCUGCCACAAGCGCCCUUCCUCGGCUUCUCCGCCCUAACCGGGGCAGUCUCCGACAACCACGACAUCAUCUCCGUAUCGACCUACUCCGCAAUCCUCUCCCCCAAAGAUGCGCCGCGCGACAAGCUGCGCACGAAGCUCUGGGGCGGCAGCUCGUCGCGCACGGGUGAGGGUGGCUCGUGGACGUGGUUCUUCCUCAAGCUCUUCCUGUUCGCGGGCGUGUGCGCGGGCGGGUGGUUCGGCUACCAGGAGUACCAGCGGCGGCAGCGGUAUGGUGGGGGCGGCGGCUUCGGCAUGGGCGGCGCCGGGGGGAUGUUUGGGGGAAGGAAUGGGUUCGGCGGGGUGUUUUAUGAUAGCAAGAGGUUCUGA